AUGGGAAUAAAAUUCCUUGAAGUUAUAAAGCCUUUCUGCAGUAUAUUACCAGAAAUAGCGAAACCCGAGAGAAAGAUUCAAUUCAGGGAAAAAGUAUUAUGGACAGCAAUCACACUAUUUAUUUUCUUAGUAUGUUGCCAGAUACCAUUAUUUGGUAUAAUGUCCUCGGACAGUGCAGACCCAUUCUAUUGGAUAAGAGUGAUCCUGGCAUCUAACAGAGGAACACUUAUGGAACUAGGAAUCUCACCCAUUGUUACAUCAGGACUCAUCAUGCAACUGCUAGCAGGAGCCAAGAUUAUUGAAGUUGGUGACACACCAAAGGACAGAGCAUUGUUUAAUGGAGCUCAGAAAUUGUUCGGUAUGGUGAUCACAAUAGGUCAAGCUAUUGUAUAUGUAAUGACUGGAAUGUACGGUGAGCCCAGUGAAAUUGGAGCUGGAGUCUGUCUGCUCAUCAUCAUUCAACUGUUUGUUGCUGGUCUUAUUGUACUGUUGCUGGAUGAACUUCUGCAAAAAGGAUAUGGUUUGGGCUCUGGUAUAUCUCUGUUCAUCGCCACCAACAUCUGUGAAACCAUUGUAUGGAAGGCCUUCUCUCCUGCUACUGUUAACACUGGUCGUGGCACAGAAUUCGAAGGUGCAGUGAUAGCGUUAUUCCAUCUGUUGGCAACCCGCCCUGACAAGGUUCGAGCCCUCCGCGAAGCCUUCUACCGACAGAAUCUACCUAACCUCAUGAAUCUACUUGCUACUGUCCUCGUCUUUGCUAUAGUCAUAUACUUCCAGGGCUUCCGCGUAGAUCUACCAAUAAAGUCUGCUCGUUACCGUGGGCAAUAUUCGUCAUACCCUAUUAAGUUGUUCUAUACAUCGAACAUUCCCAUCAUCCUGCAAUCGGCGCUCGUCUCCAACCUUUACGUUAUCUCACAGAUGUUAGCAGUGAAAUUCAGUGGUAACUUCCUCGUGAACCUCCUCGGAGUGUGGGCUGAUGUGGGCGGCGGUGGUCCAGCCAGAGCUUACCCGGUGGGAGGCCUGUGCUACUACUUCAGUCCCCCGGAAUCCCUCUCCCACAUAGGCCAAGACCCGUUACAUGCAGUUCUCUACAUGUUCUUCAUGUUGGGAUCCUGUGCCUUCUUCUCAAAGACCUGGAUUGAUGUUUCCGGAUCCUCUGCUAAGGAUGUCGCCAAGCAACUGAAAGAACAGCAGAUGGUAAUGCGUGGUCACCGUGACAACUCCAUGAUUCACGAAUUAAACCGUUAUAUUCCAACAGCUGCCGCUUUCGGUGGUCUUUGUAUUGGAGCUCUCUCAGUUCUAGCCGAUUUCCUCGGAGCCAUUGGCUCAGGAACUGGUAUACUUCUGGCCGUGACCAUCAUUUACCAGUACUUCGAGAUCUUCGUCAAGGAACAGGCGGAAAUGGGCGGCAUGAGCACGCUCUUAUUCUAA